CUUAAUAGUUAAAUUCUUUGGCUCUCUCUUUCUCUCUCUCUGGCAGGGGCCGUUUCAAACAAUUCUGUCGGCUAUACACGUUAUUAAUCAUAUUGAAAUGGAGAAUAAUUACCAAUUUAGUGGAUAUUAAUAUUAUUAUAUUUCUCCUCGUCCUUGCCACCUUGGCUGAGCUUGAUUUUUGCUUGAUUGCAUGGCAACUGGCAAGCUGUCUUUUUUAAUUUUUUUGUACUACAAUUGUUUUGCUUGCCAUAUAUAAGCAUUAGUCUCUCCCGUCAUGUACAUAAUUAAUGCUUAUAAUAAGCACCCAUACUUGCAGAGACCUCCCCUGUUUUUCUGGGUGGUUCCUCUUCUGCUUCUCCGGCUCCCCUGCUCUGUAUUUCUCUGCUGCUGUUUUGUUCUUUCUAGGUGUUUUGGGCUUCACCGCGUCCUGUUCUUGUCUCUUUGGUCACUGGCUGCUGCUGAGGCUUUUGUCCCAUGAAGAUCCUAGUAAGUGGCACUGCUCUUGCUGCUGGCACUUAGCAAUGCAGUCAAAACCAAUGGAGAUAAGAGUGAUGGACAGUGUGAUUAUAAGCUGACAUUGGAGCCAAGACCACAUAGUGUGUCUAUAUUGGAGUUUGGUGCUGUGGGAGAUGGUAAAACAUUGAAUACCUUAGCCUUCCGGAAUGCCAUUUUCUAUCUCAAGUCCUUUGCUGAUAAAGGUGGUGCUCAGCUCUAUGUGCCACCGGGAAGGUGGCUUACAGGAAGCUUCAAUCUUACCAGCCACCUUACACUCUUCUUGGAAAAAGGUGCUGUCAUUCUUGGAUCUCAGCCUUGGAUUUUCACACACACUGUCAUUUGUUAAGGACCCAUCGCAUUGGGAAGUUGUUGAACCCUUACCAUCAUAUGGUAGGGGGGUGGAUGUUCCCGGAAGAAGAUAUCGAAGCUUGAUAAAUGGAUAUAUGUUACUUGACGUGGUGAUUACAGGUGAUAAUGGAACCAUUGAUGGUCAGGGCUCAGUUUGGUGGGAUUGGUAUAGUUAUCAUUCUUUGAACUACAGCCGUCCUCAUCUCGUAGAGUUUGUGGCGUCUGAAUAUGUAGUAGUUUCUAAUCUUACGUUCUUGAAUGCCCCUGCAUAUACCAUCCAUCCAGUCUAUUGCAGUAAUGUGCAUGUUCAGAAUGUCUCUGUCUCUGCUCCCCCUGAUUCCCCCUACACCGUUGGUGUAGUCCCAGACUCCUCUGAUAAUGUGUGCAUAGAGGAUUGCAUCAUCGAUAUGGGUUAUGAUGCCAUUGCCCUCAAGAGUGGUUGGGAUGAGUAUGGUAUUGCUUAUGGGAGACCCACCACUAAUGUACACAUCAGAAGGGUCCGCCUAAAAUCAUAUUCAGGUUCUUCCCUUGCUUUUGGUAGUGAGAUGUCUGGUGGCAUUUCUGAUGUGCAUGUUGAGCAGGUCCAUCUAUACAACUCAUUUGGCGGGAUUGAGUUUAGAACCAUCAAGGGCAGAGGUGGUUACAUUAAGAGAAUCAUUAUAUCAGAUGUUGAAAUGGCAAACAUCUUCUUGGCUUUUGCUGCCACUGGUCAGUGCGGGUCCCAUCCAGACAACAACUAUGAUCCUUAUGCUCUCCCAGUUUUUGAUCACAUCACCUUGCGGGAUGUGAUUGGCACAAACAUCACAAUUGCUGGAAGCUUUACAGGGAUACAAGAAUCUCCUUUUACUUCUAUCUGUCUAUUCAAUAUCUCCUUCUCAAUUAGUUCUGGAUCCCCCACUUCUUGGGUAUGUUCCAAUGUCUUUGGCUUUUCGGAGUCCGUGUUCCCUGAACCUUGCCCUGACCUUCAGAGCUCAUAUCCAAAUUCUUCCUCAGAUUGCCUUUCCCUCCUGCAUUUAAAUGGAGAAGUUGCAGUCUUAUGAUACCAUUCCUCCAUACUACAAUCAUACUUUUCAGCACCCCUUUACAAUGAGUAAAAAAACAGAUAUUCUCCUACCUUUUACCAUUUCGAAUUAGGCCACAUUCUUUCCAAUAAGAAACAUGUCUACCCUAUUUUCUUCAUAUCCUAUAUUUGCGUUUUUGUAUGUUGAGAUGUGCACAGCUUAUUUGUACAGAUUCAUUUCUUCAUUCAUGUGUAAGGAAAUUUUGAUAGUGAUGGUGCAUAGGUACAUUGAUGUUGUUAGUAUUGCAGUGCAAAUGUUUACUUGAUGUGGAGUUACAUGUCAUGUGCGAUGGUACCAUAUGAAAGGAAAUUUCAAGGGGAGCCAUGUAAUUUGAAUAGAGGGUUUGGACUAUCAAAGCAAAGAUAUAAUGGAUGAGUUUUUUAAUGUUUA